AUGUGUGGGAUUUUUGCCUGUCACUGCCAUCCUGAUGUGCAAAAGUUCAAGCCCACCGCUCUGCGGAUGGCCAAAGCCGCUCGCCAUCGUGGUCCCGAUUGGAGUGGUAACUUCAUUGCGAAUAACACAAUCUUGGCCCACGAAAGACUGAGUAUUGUUGGCGUUGAUACUGGAGCCCAGCCUCUAGUCAGUGAUGAUGGCUCAUUAUCUCUGGCUGUCAAUGGUGAGAUCUACAACCAUAGGGUCUUGCGCAAGCAGCUGAAGCGCCCCUACAACUUUAAGACCCACUCGGACUGCGAAGUCAUCAUACCGUUGUAUAUGGAACAUGGACUUGAUGCGCCAAAGUACCUAGAUGGCAUGUUCUCCUGGGUUCUUUAUGACAAGGAAGGAGAUCGCACAGUGGCCGCAAGAGAUCCCAUAGGAAUUACCAGCUUUUACCAGGGAUGGUCAAGCAAAACUCCUGGCGCAGUUUAUUUCGCAUCAGAGCUGAAGUGCUUGCAUCCGGUCUGCGACAAGAUCAAAUCGUUUCCCCCAGGCCAUAUAUACGAUUCCAAGACCGAUACAAUGACUCGAUAUUUCCAACCUCGUUGGUGGGACCCGCUGAACGUACCUUCAACUCCGAUAGAUUACAAGUUGAUACGCACUUCUCUAGAAAAAUCUGUUCGCAAACGGCUGAUGGCUGAAGUACCAUACGGUGUGUUGCUCUCCGGUGGGUUGGACUCAAGCCUAGUAGCGUCGAUAGCCCAAAGAGAGACGCUCAGACUCCGGUCAGCAUCAGUGGGGAAAUUGAAUGGAUACAGCGACCACGAGCAGCAACCUAGUGAAGAGCUUGUAGGAAUUGACGAUGACGAUGAAUUAUCGACCGUGACGUGGCUUCCUCAGCUUCAUUCCUUUUCGAUUGGGCUGCCUAAUUCGCCUGAUACUAAAGCUGCUUUGGAGGUCGCAAAAUUCCUCGGAACCAAGCAUCAUAGUUUCAACUUCACCAUUGAGGAUGGCUUAGAUGCAAUCUCAGACGUCAUCUUCCAUCUCGAGACCUACGACGUUACUACCGUUAGAGCCUCGACUCCAAUGUUCCUUCUCAGCCGUAAGAUCAAAGCCAUGGGAGUAAAAAUGGUGCUGAGUGGGGAAGGUAGUGAUGAGAUUUUUGGGGGCUAUCUCUACUUUCAUGCAGCUCCAGACAAAGAAUCCUUCCAUGCAGAGACCGUUCGCCGCAUUAAGAAUCUCCAUCUUUCUGAUUGCUUGCGAGCGAACAAGUCGACGGCAGCUUGGGGAGUUGAAGCCCGCGUGCCAUUCCUCGACAAGGAGUUUGUGGAAAAUGCAAUGGACAUUGAUCCAGCAGAGAAAUUGAUUACGAAGGAUCGGAUAGAAAAAUAUAUCCUACGUAAGGCCUUUGAUACAACCGACGAGCCGCAUACAAAGCCAUAUCUUCCGGGCAACAUCCUAUGGCGCCAAAAGGAGCAAUUCAGCGAUGGUGUAGGUUAUGGGUGGAUAGAUGCCCUGAAAGACAACGCCGAGAUCCACGUGACGGACGAGCAGAUGAAGCAGCCCAAAGCCGAAUGGGGAGAUGAUGUCCCAGAUAGCAAGGAAGCGUACUGGUAUCGUCUCAUGUUUGAUGAGCUCUUUCCGCCUCAGUGUGCAUCAACGGUCAUGCGUUGGACACCUACGUGGUCGAAGCAGACAGAUCCAAGCGGACGGGCGAUCGCCACGCACCUUGCCAAGUACGAAGGACAGAAAUAG